AUGGGUUCCGUCGGGCCAUUCACAGGCCCCCGCAUAUCACUUACUUUCGACGGCUUGCUCUUCGACUUCGAUGGAACAAUUGUAGAUUCCACGGCUGCGGUUGUGAAACAUUGGCAUAUAAUAGGACAGGAGAUCGGAGUUGAUCCGAAAGUCAUCUUGGAGACUUCUCACGGCAGGAGAAGCAUAGAUAUGCUCAAGAUCCUUGCGCCUGAAAGGGCAAAUUGGGAGUGUAAGUCUGUUGCUGCUCCAGCUGCCGCUGCUAUCAUCUCACUACCAUUCCGCUCCGUGGGGAUCGAUGUUAGCAUGAUGGAAGGGCGAGUCCCGCGGGAACUAGGUGCUGAUGCUACUGAGAUACCCGGAGCACGACGGCUCCUUACCUCGUUAGAAGAGGCUGGAGCACCCUGGGCGGUCGUAACGUCUGGCAGCAAUGCGUUGAUUACUGGCUGGCUGGGCGUCCUGCAGCUUGCACACCCUAAAUAUCUCGUUGUUGCAGAGGAUGUGCAGGUCGGCAAGCCAGAUCCCUCAUGCUACCUGCUAGGCCGUUCUCGGCUUGGCUUGGAACAUAGCACGUUGAUGCUCGUGAUUGAAGAUGCGCCGUCGGGUGUCCGCGCAGGGAAAGCUGCUGGGUUUAAAGUUCUCGCGCUCGCCACAACGCAUGCUGUAGCUGAACUGAAGGACGCCGGAGCAGAUUGGAUCAUCAGAGAUCUUGACAGUGCUUCCCUUAAGAAAUACGCCGACGGCCAGGUCGAAGUCGAGAUAUGGGAUACACUUCAAUAG